AUGGACAGGUCCUCCCCAGAACAAGAAGACGACCUGGAGCAGGUUCUCUCACGCAUCCGCCACGACAAGCCGAAAGGUUGGCUCGCAGCAGAUUACCUGGAAAAGCUGAAAGCAGACGCCUCGGAGGGCGACGUCGCCACCGAGGCGGCUGCUACGGGCUGGAAAAUGCUGCCAUGGCGCAGGUACCCGUCAGCCGAGCUCCACCAUGUGGCCCAGCAAUUCGGGAUCGGCCCCGGCCACGAGCUUUACGAAGGCCUAGAGGCGAAGUUUCCCUUGGACACGUUCACCCGCCGCUCCAAGAUCGUACUGGCCCAAAGGGGAUACCUGCCCAACACCCUGCCCAGCGCGGCAUUCCAGAGCAUGACCUGGAAGGACCUCGUGUGCGUCGCCGUACUUUUCCACAUCGCCAAGAAGUACUACGAACUGUACGGCAACAAGCAGAUGUCCAAGUUUGAGCAAGAGGCACGCCAGCGACUGAGGGACGAGGCGGAGCGCAGGGCCGCAGAGAAGGCAGCGCGAGAGGCCGAGGAGGCUGCUUGGCGGGAGCGGAUGGAAGUACCGCCGCCGCGGGUGCUGCCCUGGGAGAAGCGGGAGGCGGAGGCCACCACACCAGCCACGAGCAGCUCAAAAGCCCCAGCCGCGCCAGCCAAGAAGCGCAAGGGAAACGACGGCGACGAGGGACGACCGGGCGAGGCAAGCGGGGCAGCAAAGAGGGUCUGUACGGGGCUCGAGGGUGCCGAGACGCCCAGCGCCGAACAGCAGCCACAGCCACGCCCACAGCCGGCGGCGGUAGAGGACCUGGACACCCGGAUCCCUACCAAGAUGCUCUACUCCUUCCUAUCGGCCGCCCAGAAGGACCCCGACAGCGAGCACGUCACGGUCCGCCAGCUCCUCGCAUUCGUCAGCAACGAGGUAGCCCACGCCCCGGGCAGAGGCCACGCCCAGAGGUCAUGA